GAAGUUCAACGAAACACAGCGAGCAAAAUGGGGGUUCAAUUAAUUUGCAAAACUGCAUUAUUCGUAUUUGUGCUGGCAACAAUUUUGGUGGACGACACUUUAACAAAAAGCGUUUCCCAGAACAAUCACUCAAGGAUUUUGGACAUUGGUAUUUUGGUUGAUCCUACCAACGAGACCUUGUGCCCACCGAGUGGCGACCCCACGGCCCCUUUCGCGGACCCGAACGAUACAACUUGGUAUUAUCAAUGCUUCUUGAUUCCUGACCCCACUUGCCAAUGUGAUUAUUGGUACCUUGAUCAUGCUCAAUGCUCUUCAGGAGGUUAUUUUGAGGAUCCACCAGGCGCAUGCGCAGCCUUUCCAGACACAACUGCGCCAACAACAGAAUCACCAACAACUCAGCCACAAACAACUGAGCCUUCAACUACUGACGCAGUAACCACUGAGUCACCAACAACUGAGCAACCUACAACCACAGAUCUACCCACGACUAAAGACCUACCCACGACCACAGACCUACCCACGACCACAUACCUACCCACGACCACAGACCAACCAACAACCACAGACCAACCAACAACCACAGACCAACCAACAACCACAGACCAACCAACAACCACAGACCAACCACAGACCAACCAACAACCACAGACCAACCAACAACCACAGACCAACCAACAACCACAGACCAACCCACGACCACAGAGCUACCAACAACCACAGAUCUACCAACAACCACAGACCAAACCACAACCACAGAUCUACCAACAACCACAGAUCUACCAACAACCACAGAUCUAUCAACCACCACAGAUCUACCUACGACCUUAG